UCUCUCCCGCCGCUGUAACCCAUUCAUGGUGCGGGGAAACAGACGCGCUUUCGCCACCGCUUCGAGCGUCAUCAGCGGCUCUUUAGCUGCUGCGUUUCGCCUCUUUCUUUCCCCAUUGAUCCCGGUUUUUUUUAAUCCCCCACCCCCACCCCCGUGGAUUAGGCAGCCGUCAAUCCCCUCUCGUGACUUCGCCAAGCAGGUGAUCCUUCAGAACAAGCUUUGGGGAUGCCUUUCCGUCUCGGCCAGUGUUUAUUAGAAAUGAUGGUCUCUCGCAUCGGAAGAGGCUGAUCGGAGCAACUUGACAGUUUUGUGUUUUUUUGCAAGAAUCGAGAGCGGGGAAGAAACAGCCGCCACCACAACAACCGCAACACAUACCCGAGUCGUCUGAACAAGGCUGAAGGCCGCGAACUUCCUUGGAAUUUGUUGCAUGUCCGCGUGUGCGUGAUUCCCGUUGAAGUUUCCUCUGGCAACCGGAAGAGUCGGUUUUUUUUGCUUUGGGAUAAACUUUCUUUUUUUCUGGUCUUAAAUGUUUGGGAUCCAAGAUACCUUAGGAAGAGGACCCAUCCUGAAAGACAAGGUGCUGGGAUCGGAGAUGGAUCCCGUCCGGUCGUGGGUCCGGAAUGUUGGGGUAGUGGACGCCAAUGUAGCGGCGCAAAGCGGCGUGGCUUUGUCGCGAGCCCACUUCGAGAAGCAGCCGCCCUCGAACCUGCGGAAGUCCAACUUCUUCCACUUCGUCCUGGCUCUCUACGACCGACAAGGGCAGCCGGUGGAAAUUGAGCGGACGACCUUCGUGGACUUCGUGGAAAACGACAAAGAACAAGGCAAUGAGAAAACCAACAAUGGCACCCACUACAAACUGCAGCUCCUUUAUAGCAACGGUGUCAGAACUGAACAAGAUCUCUUUGUCAGACUCAUUGACUCGGUCACAAAACAGCCCAUCGCAUAUGAAGGACAAAACAAGAAUCCAGAAAUGUGCAGAGUUCUACUUACUCAUGAAGUCAUGUGCAGCCGUUGCUGUGAGAAGAAAAGCUGCGGAAACCGCAACGAAACUCCCUCAGACCCUGUGAUCAUUGACAGAUUCUUCUUAAAAUUUUUCCUCAAGUGCAAUCAAAAUUGUUUGAAAACAGCUGGGAACCCUCGAGACAUGCGACGGUUUCAGGUGGUGUUAUCAACAACAGUGAAUGUGGAUGGGCAUGUACUGGCAGUUUCUGACAACAUGUUUGUUCAUAACAAUUCAAAACAUGGACGGAGAGCUCGGAGACUUGAUCCAUCUGAAGCCACUCCGUGCAUCAAAGCUAUUAGUCCAAGUGAAGGCUGGACCACAGGUGGAGCAAUGGUGAUCAUUAUAGGAGACAACUUCUUCGAUGGACUACAAGUUGUGUUUGGGACCAUGCUUGUAUGGAGCGAGUUGAUCACCCCUCAUGCCAUCCGUGUCCAGACACCCCCUCGACACAUCCCUGGUGUGGUGGAAGUAACUUUAUCAUAUAAAUCCAAACAGUUUUGCAAAGGAGCUCCUGGUAGAUUUAUUUAUACGGCUUUAAAUGAACCUACCAUUGAUUAUGGAUUCCAAAGACUCCAGAAGGUUAUUCCCAGACAUCCUGGUGAUCCAGAACGACUAGCCAAGGAAAUGCUUUUGAAACGAGCAGCUGACCUAGUUGAAGCACUGUAUGGAACGCCGCACAAUAACCAGGACAUUAUUCUGAAGCGAGCUGCCGAUAUAGCAGAAGCUCUCUACAGCGUCCCAAGAAAUCCUGGUCAGAUUCCUACUUUGUCAAGCUCCCCUGCUCACAGUGGCAUGAUGGGCAUCAACUCCUAUGGCAGCCAGUUAGGAGUCAGCAUCUCAGAGUCAACACAAGGGAACAAUCAAGGUUACAUCCGCAACACAAGCAGCAUCUCUCCCCGAGGUUACUCUUCCAGCUCAACCCCUCAGCAGUCUAAUUACAGCACCUCCAGUAACAGCAUGAACGGCUACAGCAACGUCCCCAUGUCUAACCUGGGCGUUCCUGGCUCGCCUGGAUUCAUUAACGGUUCUCCCACAGGAUCACCCUAUGGCUUGAUGUCUUCGAGUCCAACCGUAGGCUCUUCCAGCACGUCCUCCAUCCUUCCGUUCUCUUCCUCCGUCUUUCCUGCUGUCAAACAGAAGAGUGCCUUUGCUCCCGUCAUCCGACCCCAAGGGUCUCCUUCCCCAGCUUGUUCCACUGGAAAUGGAAAUGGGUUUAGAGCCAUGACUGGUCUUGUCGUUCCUCCAAUGUAAAAGAAGAGGAGGAAUCGCUGGAUUUUCUGUUCUUUCUUCUUUCUCUUUUUUUUUACAGCACAAAACUACUUAUUUGUGAUGGACCACUAAAAAAAAAAUAAGGGGAAAAAGCACUACACGCUCUUUGGAUCGUGGGGAAGCUAUGUGCAGCAAGAAAGGGAACAAUUUUUACAUGUUGGAUAUGCUAGCAGGUGGCUUCCAGGUUUCAUAUACACUUCCAUCAGCCCCCUAGAAUAUUAGAACAAGGAUUUGACCAAGAUCCAGGUGUACACUGUUGAUGCGAUGGAAUCAGAAGUACAAGAUUUUUUUUUAAUGGACACAAAACCUUCCAGAUGUUUGUAAAAUAUUAAAACGAAGGGGAAACCAGAUUGGCUAACCGAUUCAAGUGUGAUAUUUUGGAUACUAUUUGAUUUACUUUGUAAGGGGGAAAAAUGUUGAAGUUUCUAUUUUCUACGGAGCCUUUCAGAUACCAAUUUAGUUUAUGCAGAAAAUAAUAAUAACACAAAACAGGGUACCAGCAUGGAAGACUUUCUUAUAAAACUGAUUUGAAUGGUGGAGCGUUGACGUAUGUGUGUAUUUGCUUAUAGUUUAAUCUCUUUUUAAAAAAUGGAAAAUGUAAGAUGUUUUACAAUUAUUUAAAUAAAUAAACUUGUAAGUUAUUGUAUGUAGAGGUAGAAAUUGAAGACUUGGGGAGGGGGGCUUUCCCCCUCAUCUCCUGAUGUACAAUGAAGGGAGGGGGGGUUAUAAUGCAAAAACGCAGCCACACCCUCAAGGUGUUCCUUUAACGCUGCAGUCUGUUUUCACUUCUCUCCUGCUCUUUAUUCAACCCUGUCCAAGAAUGUCUUGAACUCUUCACAAAGGACUCAUCACAAGUUUUUUAUACACAUAAUGGUAUAUAUAUGCAUAUAUAUAUAUAUAAAUAUAUAAAUAUAGGGCAGUAGUUAAUGUACGAAUAUUAUACACUUUUUCAUCUUUUGAUUCAAUUAAGGUUUCAGGUACUGAUGUAAGCUGUUCCGGCUUCAUACAUCUGUUUGGUAAAUACGUGGCAUGUAGGGGCUUUCCAUCAGGUUUUCAUGCGGAACUCUCAAAACUUUGCAGGUUGCUAUUUGAGCAAGAGGGAACCGAAAAGGGGUCUCCAGUUGGUUUCUUUCCAUGUACUAAAGGAGAGAUUCAAUUGUGUAUACAUCACAAUGCAUCUUGACAUUCACAUAUGAAUAUUAAGAAUCCAAGAGAGAUUUUGUGAAUAAUCCCUACAACACAUAUAUUUCCCCUCUUUUUACAAACAGAAGUAAGUGUUGAGGCUCUUCUGUCUGCGUUUGCCAGGGAGUUAGCAACCACAUAUAUUAGGAUUGUACCUCUCCAGAUAUAUUUGCUCACUAUGUUACCUAAACAAGGGUGCUGUAAUAUUUUACAUGCACAAAGCAUAACCUUGGAAAAUCGUACUAUUGUGGUAUGUAUACCAAAGCUGUAUGUGCAUGCACCUGUUCAAAUGAUCUGGUGAUCAUAUGUAUUGGAGCAGCCUGUUCCCAGCACAAGUCAGGUGCUUCCCUCCCAAUACAUACAGACGUGACACCUAAAAAAGACUUCAGAUUACCUCAACUGGGGUAUUGUGAAUUUUCAAACAUUCACAAAAUGUGUCCAAGAUGAUCAGUAUUCAUAUUUGGAUGUCAACCACCAUCAAGUUUUGGAUGUUCCCCAUAAUAUACACAUGGCAAGAAAUCUGUGCACUCUUAAUACAAGGCAGAAGCAGCGACACAACUUCCAAAUUUUGAGUUAGAGUAUAAAUUUGGCACCCUUGCAGAACAUCAUGGGCUCGAUAUGAAGCCUUCCUUCCAUACACACGCACAUACAUCUCCUCACAUUAAGGCUUCUCCAUUAAUCUGGAUGAAGAGACAGGCCCAAAGCAUAUAAAAGAUUGUAUACAUGUCACAGGUCUCUUCACUGAAAAGAAUGGGAAAGCACACAUGCACAAGAGAUCCAUGUGCAUAUCAAUGUAUGUGUGUGCAUAUCUAUGUAUAUGGAUCUGCAGAUCAGGGUGAUUAGAUAUUCACAAAGAAUGUAGUGAAUAGGAUGGUCCAUGGCAUGAGCUUUCCCAUCGAGAUGCUAAUCCUCUGGUCAAGAGGUAUUCUAAUGGAUCAGUAAUUUCUCAACCAUCAACUGCUGAUGUCAUUGUAAUCAUUUCUAAUGGAGCCCCUUGUCUCAAUAAUAUGCCUAUAAAAGCUAUUGAUCACUUAUUGGCUCUUUACAAUAUACUAUUUAUAUAUGUACCUGUAUUUUAAGGUGGAACCCAAACUUCUGUGCACCCAGUGAGGGUAACUGUGUUUUUUUUUCCAGGGGAAUAAAAACGUUAGUGUUUUCCCAUGA